AUGAGUGGACACUGUACUUGUCACGUAGUCAUCGGCAAUCGUGGCGAUUCCACGUCCAGGUCAGCCCUGGAUUCACCUAAAGAUGACCACGCACUUUAUAACGCACACUCCCAUCGCACGACGGAUCACACCGUGGCUGAGGUCAAAGCAUAUCACUUGCCGCCGACUGCAAAGAUUCCGAAUUCACCAUAUCCUCUCCUCCACUACCGAAAUGCUCUCCCAGGGGGCAAGGAAAGGAAUAUGCAGCUAGCAUUCUACGACAGGUUCGUCAAGAAUGGGUGGUCCGUACAGUGGAUGACACGAUAUGGAAAGACUCAGAGCUCUCGUUACCACUCAUCCGCCUAUGAGUGCAUGGCGGUGCUGAAUAGCACUACAAUAAUCCGCUUCGGUGUGGCCGACACGUUCGAUGACCUCGAAGAGAAUACUAACGGUUUAGGAAAGGAAGAUGGAGGAGCGGACCUGAAAGCCAAGCCAGGCGAUGUCUUUGUCAAUCCGGCCGGCGUCUCGCAUAAAACGUACAAUACCCCACCGUUGGAAGAAUUCAAGCUCCUGACUCCGGGGGAUACACAUCGGAUCACUGCCGAGGACGAAAGGGCUACGAUCGAGGAGGUUAAGGUGUCCGGAUUCUGCAUAAUCGGCUGCUACCCCAAUGGAAGCGUGUGGGAUUGGGCCUUCGGCGGAGACAGUGAGGGGAACUACGAAACGGUCUGGGCAGUGCCCAAGCCAGAGAAAGAUCCCAUCUUUAGUACCACCUCAGAGGGCUUAGUGGGACUGUGGAAAUGA